UGCAAUUUGAGGUCUGGCGACUCGACUGGAUGGUGGCUACGUGUAUUUUAAUUUGCCACUCAAGCCUGAAUGCGACACAGUUCAACGUUUGAGAGCGUUCUUGCCAAGCUUUCUCGACUUUGAUUCCUCGGCGUGAACGGUGUGAAGUGAUCCGGAGAGUUUGUUGCGGGAUUCCGCUGCUGUGAAGAGCAUGAGUACGUAAUGAAGCGGCGCUUGGAGGAUCAGGAAACAGUGAUCGGCACUCAGCGACGGCUCCCUGGAGGUGCGGACAGCUUUCAGCACCGCGUCCUCCUCAACUCUGCCUCCACCAUGUACGAGACUGCACAGGACAACAUGCAGCCAUCGUCCAGCAUGCAGUACCCUGUCUCUCAGACCUACCAGCAGUUGUCGAUGGCCCAGAGCUCUGGGGGAAAUGGACACACCAGCAGUUCAGCUGUGCACAGUGGGCCUCAUCUUCAUGGACCAGCAGUCCAGUCUGUAGGCCAGGGUCACACUCCAAUGACCCCGGCCUCUGCCCCAACACUUGGCCAACAGCAGUUUCAAAGACUUAAGGUUGAAGAUGCUCUUUCCUAUCUAGAUCAAGUUAAGCUUCAGUUUGGCAAUCAACCGCAGGUCUACAAUGACUUCCUGGAUAUCAUGAAGGAGUUCAAGUCUCAAAGCAUUGAUACACCAGGUGUGAUCAGCAGAGUCUCCCAGCUCUUUAAAGGCCAUCCUGACCUCAUCAUGGGCUUCAACACCUUCCUGCCCCCUGGCUACAAAAUUGAGGUUCAGACCAAUGACCUGGUCAAUGUGACCACGCCAGGCCAAAUCCACCAUAUCACCCCACAUGGGAUCUCUGUUCAAAACCUCCCCAUAACCAAGCCAGCACAGCACCAGACCCAACCAGCAGCUCCCACCAGCACUGCUGCCUUGGUCAUCCCUAGCCAGCCAACUCCUGCCAAGAUAAGCAAGCCAAUGCAGUCUCCUGCACUUACCCCAACCAGCCAGCCCAAUCCGUCUAUUCCCUCAUAUGCCUCCCCUCGCUCGCCCUCUGUCCAAUCUCACACUCCCAUCAGUAGCAGCACUGCCGGCUCUACCCCACUGCAAAACAACCAGCCUGUAGAGUUCAACCAUGCCAUCAACUAUGUGAACAAAAUCAAGAACCGUUUUCAGGGCCAGCCAGAGGUCUACAAAUCCUUUUUGGAGAUUCUACAUACAUACCAGAAGGAGCAGCGUAAUGCUAAGGAGGCAGGAGGAAACUACACACCUGUUCUCACGGAGCAGGAGGUGUAUGCCCAGGUGGCCCAACUCUUCAAGAACCAAGAAGACCUCCUUUCAGAAUUUGGCCAGUUCCUGCCCGAUGCUAACAAUUCAGUGUUAUUGAGCAAGACUACAGCUGAGAAGGCUGAGUCUGUACGUAUUGAUCAUGGAGGCACAGUAAAGAGACCCCAAUUGAACAACAAGCAGAGGUUUAACCAGAACGGCUGUCAGAUCCGCAGACAUACAGGGCCCCACUCUACACCUCCUGUUAAGAAGAAACCAAAGUUUAUCGGGAAAGACCAUCCAAUGGCCGAAGCUAGCAAACUUGGAAUUGGUGCUGAAUCUCUCUUUUUUGAAAAGGUGCGGAAGGCCCUACGGAGUUCCGAGGUUUACGACAAUUUUUUGCGCUGUUUGGUCAUCUUUAAUCAAGAAGUGAUCUCACGGGCUGAACUCGUGCAACUGGUUUUACCAUUUUUAGGGAAAUUCCCCGAACUUUUUACCUGGUUCAAAAAUUUCCUUGGCUAUAGAGAGUGUGCCCAUAUUGAGAGCUUUCCCAAAGAGCGGGCCACUGAGGGAAUUGCUAUGGAGAUUGACUAUGCAUCAUGCAAGAGACUGGGCUCCAGUUACAGAGCUCUGCCCAAGAGCUUCCAGCAGCCCAGAUGCACAGGCAGGACUCCACUCUGCAAAGAGGUUCUGAACGAUACUUGGGUGUCAUUCCCAUCUUGGUCUGAAGACUCCACCUUUGUUAGCUCCAAAAAGACCCAGUAUGAAGAGCAUAUAUAUAGAUGUGAAGAUGAGCGCUUUGAGCUGGAUGUGGUUCUGGAGACAAACCUUGCCACCAUCCGCAUUCUGGAGACCAUUCAAAAGCGUCUUUCUCGCAUGUCCGCUGAAGAGCAGGCCAAGUUUAAGCUGGACAACACCAUCGGAGGCUCCUCUGAGGUCAUCCAUCGUAAAGCUAUACAGAGGAUAUAUGGAGACAAAGCUCCAGACAUCAUAGACGGGCUCAAAACUAACCCUGCUGUCUCUGUACCUAUUGUACUCAAAAGGCUAAAAAUUAAAGAAGAGGAGUGGCGAGAAGCUCAGCGUGGUUUCAAUAAAAUCUGGAGGGAACAGAAUGAGAAGUAUUACCUCAAGUCUUUAGAUCACCAGGGUAUUAACUUCAAACAGAAUGACACAAAGGUGUUUCGCUCCAAGACGCUGCUUAACGAAAUCGAGACUCUUUAUGAUGAGCGACAAGAGCAAGCUUCAGAAGACAACGCUGCCCCUCCCUCUGGCCCCCACAUGACCCUCAUGUUCGAGGACAGCCAGAUACUUGAGGAUGCAGCAGCUCUCAUCAUCCAUCAUGUCAAGAGGCAGUCUGGCAUCCACAAAGAUGACAAGUACAAAAUCAAACAGAUCAUCUACCAUUUCAUCCCCGACAUGCUGUUCGCCCGACGUGGCGAGCUUUCUGAUGUAGAGGAGGAAGAGGAAGAGGAGACUGAACCAGAUGAAGAUGGGACUAAAAAGCACAAUGGCACGACAUCAACCAAGUCUAAGCUCCUCUUCAGCAAUACAGCAGCUACUCAGCAGAAGCUCAGUAACUGUGAUGAUGCCUAUAACCUCUUAUUAGUCAACAAUAACUGGUACAUCUUCCUAAGGCUGCACCAGAUCCUGUGCUCACGGCUGCUACGGAUCUACGGGCUGGCUGAGAAACAGAUCGAGGAAGAUACCAGAGAGAGGGAGUGGGAAAAGAAUGUACUGGGGCUGAAGAGAGAGAAGAAUGACAGUCCGGCCAUCCAGCUGCGUUUGAAAGAACCCAUGGACAUUGAUGUUGAAGACUACUACUCUGCUUUCUUGGAGAUGGUGCGAAACCUUCUGGAUGGCAACAUGGACACGUCUCAAUACGAGGACCAGCUGCGGGAAAUGUUCACCAUCCAUGCCUACAUUGCCUUCACCAUGGACAAACUCAUUCAGAGUAUAGUCAGACAGCUACAGCAUAUAGUCAGUGAUGAGAUCUGUGUACAGGUGACUGAUCUUUAUCUUAGUGAGUGUGCCAACAAAGCAACGGGUGGGUCCUUGUCCUCACAAGCAUCUAGAGCAGGAGCUGAGACAGCCUACCAGCGCAAAGCAGAGCAGCUGAUGUCUGAUGAGAACUGUUUUAAGUUACUUUUCCAGAAGUGUAAAGGGACUGUGCAGCUGGCUGUGGAGCUGUUGGACACAGAGGAAGAGAACUCGGAUGAACCUGUGGAAGCUGAGCGCUGGCCAGACUAUGUGGCGCGAUAUCUGAAUACCAGUUCGGCAUCUCCAGGGCUGCGUGAGCACCUCUCCCAGAAGCCUGUGUUUCUACCCAGGAACCUCCGGCGGAUCCGGAAGUGCCAGAGAGGCCAAGAGAUGCAAAUGAGAGAUGCCAAAGAAUCAGCCAAAAAAUCCUCAGAGGGUGGUGAGGAUUCCAAGAUGGAGUGCAUGUUUAAGCUGAACUCCUACAAGAUGGUGUAUGUCUUCAAGUCAGAGGACUACAUGUAUCGACGCACAGCACAACUGAGAGCGCAUCAGUCUCACCAGCGAGUAAGCACUCGUCUGCACCAGCGCUUUCAGAUGUGGCUGGACAGAUGGUGUAAAGACCAUGUGACCAGUGACAUGGCUGCCACCACUUACAAGUGGCUGAUGGGAGAGGGCCAGGACGGUCUGCUGCCCUGCAGAACCAUCUGUGAGCCCAAGAUCCUUCACUUCCAUAACAUCAACAAAUAUAAAGUCACCUACAGCACUACGUUGUAAAGAUCAAUUUUUAAGACAUUUUAUGUUGUUUUUAUGAUGACUGAAGUAGCACUGAAAUUAAAAUCUGACCGCCAUCAUGUUCUUUGGAGAUUUCUCUCUAUCUCUCUCUUUCUUUCUUUCUUUCUUUCUUUUUUUUACAUUUUAGAUUGGAGUCUUUUUUUCCCCUUGACUUUAUAGCCAGUUAAUUAAUGUCCUUUAAUCAAGAGGGCAAGAUCAUACUGACUGAAUCUUGCAAAUGUAGUUUAUUCUCAAAACAAAAAGAUUCACUUUUUGUCUUUUUUAGUGUCUUUUCAUGAAAAGGAUGGUUUACAAAUACAGGUCAAGUCCAUGCCCAUUUGUAUAUAUAUUAUUUUUUUAUUAUUAAUAUUUUUCAUCUCCUCAAGGUGAAUAGUAGUUUAUUAGCAAUGUUUUUUGUUUUGUUUUUUGUGGUUAACUUUAAACACAUAUAUGCUCAAAAAUGAGAAUGUCAGACAAUGACAGAAAAUUUCUGAUGUUUAAAAAAAGCCUCUGUGUCAGGUUAUGCAGCUAAACCAGGACUGAUUAUGUACAUUUCUACAGUAUAUUGUUCACAAUCUACACAAAAUGUAAUCAAGGUCUAUUUCAGAAGUCUCUUGUCACAGGUUAAUUACAGCACUGUUAAUGAAGGUAUUACUGUUAAUUAAAGUACCAGCCACAAUAUGUCAAUCAGGAACACCAGAAUAAGUCAAACAAGCUCUUGUAAUGUAAAUACUAUGUAUAUAUGCCAGACUGUAUAUAUUCUGAGAACCGUCACUGUUAUGUUGUUCAGCUAUUAGACAUCCUUAUCCGCUUAUUGGAGGAGGCUAAUGCUGGUAUGUUUAAGAAAACACAAUGACUAUUCUUACCAAAGGGAGUUCUUGUUUAAAAUGUUUGGUCUGGUCACUCUGUCUCCUCUCUUUAUGUGCUUAUGGAAAUGUUCGUUUCAACAGCUUCUAGUUUGUCCAGAACCUGAAAUGUUGUAUUGGAUAAUUUUUUCAUGGCACUAUAUUUGGCCCUUAUCUGAACUCGUCUUCAUAUUUGUGAUAUCACUGCCUGUGUUCUGAAUAGAACUUAGAAAUUAUUCUGUUUGGUCCCAUUUUUUCUCUUAUAAUGAGAAGUCUGGAAAAGGAACUUUGGACACUUAGGCGCUCUAAGGCUUGGGUUUAUGCUGAUAAAUAUGUAAAAACAUAUUUAAAGAUGGCAAUGAUGGCAUGUUUCUAUGUUCUCAUGUACAGCCCUUUUAUAUUAUUCAUUAUUGUUUUAAAGAUUUAAAUAAAACAGAAUUGUAGUAGA